UGUAUUUCCUCGAAUAAAUGUGCAUUCUCCACUUAAAGAAAUGAAUGUCUUACUCUUAAGGACAUUUUAUUCAAUUCAAGUGAUAUAUGCUGAGAAAUUUAAGCUCAAAUAUUGAUAGACAGAGAUAGACGACCAAAUUUCUUCAAAUAACCCUGCUCUGCCUUACUAAAAAGAUGUAUUUUUAUUCAUUCCAUGCAAUACAUCCUAAACAAUUUAAUGGUGGAUAUUGAUAGAGAAAGACUACCAUAUUUCCUCAAAUAAACCUGCAUUCUCCACUUAAAGAAAGAAUGCCUUACUCCUGUGAGACAUGUUAUUCAUUCCAUGUAAUACAUGCUGAAAGAUUUAAGCUAAAAUAUUAAUAGACAGAGAUAGAUUAUUAUACUGUAUUUCCUCAAAUAACCAUGUAUUAUGGUUACACUUAAAUACACAGAAAUAAAUGCCAUACUCUUAAGAGACAUUUUAUUCAUUCUUUGUGAUACAUGCUAAAAUUUGGAACAAACCUCUAGAUGUCAAAUAAACAUUCAUUGUCCACUGAAAGAAAUGAAUGCCUUACUCCUAAGAACAUUCUAUUAAUUCCAUGUGACACAAGCUGAAAAUGGAUAGAUCGCUCGACAGAGACAGCUACUGUAGAUAGAUUACUGUAUUUCCUCAAAUGACUGCAUUAUCCACUUAAAAAAAAUGAAUGCCUUACUCUUAAGAGUCGUUUUAUCUCUUCCAUGUGAUGCAUGCUGAAAAACACAAGCAGCGAGACAGAUAGAUGACCUUAUUUCCUCAAUAAAUGACUUGUCCCAAAGAAUUGCCAUUGUCCACUUACAGAAAUUCAUAUUUUAGCCGUAAUAGACAAUAGACUUUCCACAUCAGCUAUAACUGCAUUUCCUCAAAUAGAUGCCACCUGUUACCCCCUGUAGUUAAGUGGCAGUCCACAUGUCAAUGGGGCAAUGUAGUCAUACAAAUUGGAACUAAGUUGCUAUGAAGGCGCAGCGUAUGUGGUUGGUAGUACGCGAGUCACUUUAAUGAGGCCGAAACAAAAGGAAGGAGUGAGACACACCCAUAAUACAGCAACUCUGGCGUACAAAUCUCAUUUACAAGCCAUGGCUCACAUUGUUGCCUCACUUGCUUGUCCUGAUUCCUGCGUCUGACUCCAACAGCUUGUAUACUUUGCGAAGUUGGUUAUUUACAAAGAAGCAAACCCGCGGGGAACAACGCAACAACUUGUUUUGCUGAGUCUUUUUGUCUCUCCCACACAUUUCCUACUCUCUUGACGUGGUUUUUGUUUUCCAUCACAUCUGACUCGGGCUUUGUUGACGAGAAACAAGGGCCUGGGCGAGAAAACAAGGAGUUUCCUGUGUCCCGUGGGGUCACAUAGCAUGAAGAAGCUCCUCCCGUGUGUGUUGUGAAUAGAGACGUCCACACAUACACAUAUACAGGAGGCUUGUAUCCAAACACUCCACAAGAGGAGGAGGAGGAGGUCUCUGGGAUGAAUCACUCAAAGUGAAAGUCAGCUGCUAUUUUAAAAGCAAGGAUGGACAAGGAUGGUGGCGAGCCAAAGACAUAUGUGUCCACUGCACGCCUGGUGCUCAAGAGGCACAGACGCAAUGGACGGGACCCCGCUCAGAUGAGAAACAACAAAGUGGGAUUCUCACAUGCAACAGAUCACAGACAAACCCCCACUGAGUCCCCCGGCUCGCGCGGUACGAUCAGCGAAGGAAGUAGCGCCACAUUUCAAGCAGCUAUCGCAGGAAGUUCAUUUGUCAGUGUUUCCUGGCUACACAAUGACAAUUGUGAGGUCAUGACAGAAAACACAGAUGCAAAUCCUGGAAAAGAAAGCGGACAGAGGAUGGAAGCAGUGUGCACAGAUAGCAGCCAGCUUGACCCUCAAACAAAAGGCUCCACAAGUCAACAAUCUGUGGAGUUCCUGGAUCCACCUGAUCAAGUGGAGGUUCGAGUAGGGGAGAAGGCCCAAUUGCAUUGUGCCUUCAGGAGCACCUCUGUCCCUGUGGCCUGCUGCUGGAUUUUCAACAGAGAUAAGGAGGUACUGCUCGGGCCCAGGAUGUCCAUCACUAGCAACGACACACUCAGCAGCUUGGUGAUCUCGCAGGUCUGUCCGGAAGACACAGGCUCCUACACGGUCAUAGCUCGGAACAGAAUCGAUUCUGCUAAACAUACGGUUUCCCUCAGCGUCAUAGAUCGACCAGAACCACCUGCAUCCCACCCGGUGGUCUCCCAGCUCUCUGCUGAGUCCCUGGUCCUGUCCUGGACGGGUCCUAGCUAUGACGGAGGCACGGCCGUUUUGGGUUACAUCGUGGAGGUCCGGCAAGAGGAUCCGGACAAUUUGGAGAGCUGGACUGAAGUCACCGCACAGUGUAGGAACACCUCUUUCCAAGUCUGUUCAGGCUUGGAGCCCCACGGGCAGUACCGCUUCCGAGUCCGAGCCUACAAUUCCAUGGGGGUCAGUGAGCCGAGUCAGGAGUCGGAGUGUGUCACCAUGACAGCUAAGAUAGAAGAAGAAGAAAAGAAGGAAGGGAUGGAAUCUCAUCCGGUAGUGGUGACUGACACCAAACAUAAGGUGAAGGAUCACUACGACGUGCACGAGAAGCUGGGAGUUGGGAAGUUUGGCCAAGUGUUCCGGCUGUCUCACAAAGAGACGGGCCAGGUGUGCGCAGGGAAGUUCUACCGGGCCAAGAGCUCUAAGGAGAGGUUGGCGGCCCACCGGGAGAUUGACCUGAUGAACUGCCUCCAUCACCCCAAACUGGUCCAGUGUCUGGCAGCCUACGAAUCCCGCUAUGAGCUGGUCAUGGUCAUGGAGUAUAUCGCAGGCGGGGAGCUCUUUGAACGCAUCGUGGACGACAACUUUGAGCACACGGAACCCACGAGUGCCCGUUACAUGCAGCAGAUACUGGAGGGCAUGCAGUACGUUCACAAGCAGAACAUUGUCCACCUGGACCUCAAGCCUGAGAACAUCGUCUGUGUGGACACCGCCGGAACCCAGAUCAAGAUCAUCGACUUUGGCCUGGCCAGUAAACUGGAGGACGGUAAACCCCUCAUGGUGAUGCAUGGAACACCGGAGUUUGUGGCCCCUGAGGUGAUCAACUAUGAGCCCGUGGGACUGGAGACGGACAUGUGGAGUAUUGGAGUCAUCUGCUUCAUCUUGCUGAGCGGAGAGUCUCCCUUCCAGGGAAACAGUAACGCAGAGACCUUUACUCUCGUUGCCGCCGCUCGCUACGAGUUCGACCCGGAGAGUUUCGAGGACAUUUCGGAUCAAGCCAAGGACUUUAUCGGCGCCCUGCUGAAGAAAGACCGCAGAUGCAGGCUGUCAUGCACAGAGGCCCUCGUUCACCCGUGGAUGGCCUCCUUCACGCCGCUCACCCGCAGGCCUACCAAGUCCCUCAGGAAGGAGAGGAUGAGACGCUUCCUGGCUAAGUGCAAAUGGAAGAAAACCGGCAAGGCUGUUCUGGCCCUGCAGCGAAUGUCUAACCUCUCCAACAGGCCAGAUUCUCCUGGCAGCUCCUCAGAGGAGCCAAGCUGGAGCCAAGAGGCAGAGGAAGCCAUCCGCUCGCUGGAUAAGCAGCUCCAGAGCGAACCUCGCUUCCAGGAGCCCCUGAGGGACACCACCCUUCCCAAAGGAUCCACUGCUCAUCUGGCGUGCCGUGUGGAUGGUUAUCCACAUCCAGAUGUGAAGUGGCUUCAGGGGGACAAGCCAGUAUCCGAGUCGUCCAGGGUGUCCCUGGAGUACAAAGACGAUGGGUUCUGCUGCCUGGUUCUGGCCCAUUUAGAACCCACCGACUCUGGGAUUUAUGUGUGCCGGGCCAGCAACAAGUUCGGGUCUGCAUCGUGUUCUGCCAGACUCGUAGUGGACAUGUGAAGGAGAGGAGCUGAUGGUGCUGUUUCAGCAGUACUGCUCAUGCACUUAUGGGUUACGGUCAAAGCAUGCAUUAUUGUACAUUUUUGCACAGUCCAUGUUGUUCCAUAUACAUCUUUUUAAUAGCAUUCAGAAUUAAAGGCUACGUUUGAGAGAGAAAAGUCAUCUCAGAGGUGUUUUUUUUGGCAGACCAUAAAAAGCUAAUACAAUAACAGGAGCUUGCAGGUGACAUUAAAUAAAAUGGCUUGGAAUUUGUCACACCAAUUGACCUAAUAUCUCAUAAAUGCUUCUGUGGAAAAUGCCCCAACCAUCAUAAUACAUGAUUUUACUGUCUCUCCCCCACCCUUCCCCUAGAGACAUUCACAUAAGUGCACAGAUGUAAAUGUGACAACCUGUUAAUUUGUUCAGCAAAGACAAAGUUUGUGACUUUCGUACAAUCAUAUGCAACGUUGUGGAAACAGUCUCCCCCUUCUGUGCUCCUGUGCCAUAUUCACCUUCUGUGAAAAGUAUUCCAGUAUUCAGUGUUGAAUUAGUCAUUUUUACUUGUUAAUUCGUCAUUUUAGCAACACAUAUUGUGCCUUUUGGACACUCGCAUGCUUCCAACUUUGUGAAAAUGGUUCCUUUUCUGUGCCCAAUAUUCACAUUAUUUGGUGAAAAGUGCACAGAGCCCCUAAACGUUCCCAAUA